AUGACCACUGCCAGCGAUAUCGACAAGUCCUUCACCAAGGCGUUGAACGAAGCAGGCGAACUCUACAACAACGACCGCCUGGACGAGUGUAUCGAAAAGACCCGCGCCCUUCUCGCCGACGACGCUAUACCACGAUACCACCGUAUGAAAGCGCUCCUCUUGUUGGCUUCAACACUGGGCAACUGGUUAGACGCGAGUAACUGUCACGCGGAGGCAGAGACGCUGUGGCGUGUGGUCAGGCGCUGGAACCCAGAGGGCGAGGACGCUGUGCUCGAUAGGCACAUGGACGAUGUGCGCGAACAUUUAGAUGAAGUGGGUGCUGCUUUGGAACGGACUGAGCCUGAGGACUACUUCGAAGAUGACGUGGAUGACGACGGCACGGCGCACGAGGAGCAAGUGAAUGAUGAGACUGCCGCCAUGGAGACCCUUGAACUGCCCCACGAUGAGAUGGAAGUUGAACCGCCUGUCGGUGUCCCCGCUAUCGAGGUUGCUGCGAUUGCUGGCGGUGUUGCCGCUAUCAAGAUUGCUGCGCCUGCCGAAGGCGGAAGUGGAACUGCAGAUGAUGCUGAACCUCAGGCUCCUCAGGGCCAAGGAUGA